AGUGGCAGGAAGCAGAUGGCCGAACCGGUCAACUGGUGGAUGAUUACAGUUCACUACCAAGAGCUACUGAGUAAGAACUUGCAACAAGCCACUGAUAGAAAGAAAUCAUUGCAAGAAAAGUUAUUGAAAGAAAGAAAGCUAACACAUCAGGCCAAGGCUCAACUUGAGACUCUAAAAGGUCUAUUGAAAGAACAUGAGGAGCGUGAAAAAUGCCAGGAAGCAGUUUUGAAUAAAAUGAAUGCAACAGCUGAUAGAGUGAGGGAUGCACUCAACCAGAAACUCAAGAGAGAGAAAGAACUCCGGGAGCAACUUGAUGCAAAAGUGAGUGAGAUUGAAGGUGUCAGCAGAGAUAUCCUUUUCAAAUUUCAGAAUUUGAAACUUAGAGAUAGUUCCCAAGAUGAGGAAGAUGUGUCAAAGAUCAAUGAAGAUAUAAUUUCAUUAGAAAGAGAGAUUUCUAAACUUCAACAGGAAAAAAUUUCUUUUCUGCAAAAAAUGGAUGACCGACUUAAAGUUGAUGAACUAAAGCUAAUUUUGAGUGAAUUAGAUGUCUCGGUUUUAGCAGUUACUGAAGAGAGAAAUGCCUUGGAAAGGACAGUAGCCAAAUUGGAAGAAGAAUUGCAGCAGUUAAAAAGUGAAAAGACAGCUCUUGCUGAGGAAGGUUCAGCAGUUGCAGAGGGUAAUGUUUGCUCAGGGGAAUGAUGUAAUGAAGCAAGCUUGUGCCCAGUUUGUGUCGGCCUCUUCACAGAAGCAGGCACAAACUUGAAUAUUCUUUUUAUUUUUGCUGUAGGUAAAACAUCAAUGCAUUUCUUUUAGUCUUUGAUUUAUUCAUUGAUUUGAUUUCAAGCUGUACUAUAUGCCCAUACACGGGUAUGUGAAUUACUUAUAAUAUAUUCCUCAUUUGGUAGUAAAUGCAGUAUUAUAUGUAUUCAUUAUUUGCUGUAUGUAUUCAUUAUUUGCUGUAUAUAGACACUUCAUUAUAGACCCAUCUUUGGAAUGAAAUUAUGGUUUUAACACUUGUGUUACACAAAAUUACUUACAUAAUCUAACUGUUAACUUUGAGUAAUAGGCAUUUUUCUAAGGAAUAUUGCCUCCUUAAUGUAAACUGUUUUGUAUUUGCUAGUGUCUUUUUUUUUUUUUUUUUAUCAAAUAACAAGGAAAUAAGAUUUUUUAUAUCAACAUGAGUGGUAAGAGUACUUGUGAAAGUAACAAGUAUACAUAUACCAAGUAGAUGAGAAUAAAACUUAUGUUCAAAA